CUUCACAAAAUAAUUACAAUAAAAAAUCCAAGAAAUAUCCAUUGCCCAAGAAUUCAUCACUGCGUAUUAACUUCUUACGCAAACGAUUGUUUUAUUGUGCUGAUACCACAGAUAUGAUAUUGAUGGACUGGUGUAACCAAGUGUAGUAUUGAUAUCGAUUUUAAUCUCCAUUGAUCAUAUUGGCAAGGGUUUGAGUCUUGAAUAAUAUGGCACAGUAUUUUAAUUUUGUGACUAAUGCCAGUGGUACGUUAACGCUUGAAGAGGUACAGAGAAUUUGUUCAGCUGAGGGACAAAGCGUACAAUUAGUCGUUGAGGAUAUAAAUAAUGAUGGUAACAGUUGUCAGCAAUUAUUGACUUACACCAGUGCACCACAAGAGCAACCAAUAUUUUCACAGCAUAUUAACUUAGGAAGUCAAAUUUCUACAUCACAAUUGGAGCAAGGACAGAGUGUUUUUAUAAUUAAAACAAAUACAAACGAAUUAGCUACAUCUGAAGGAAUACUAAAGUCUGCAACAGUAAAUGCUAACAAUAUAGGUAGGAAUAUCGUAAGCGUAGAUAAUAAAGAUUGCAACAAUGAUGUGCAACAAAUACGAUGGAUAAAAAUGCAAGAGAAUAGUAUUAAUGUAAAUACAGUAUCGAAAGAAGGUGUGCUCAUAUCAGAGAAAACUCAGACUGCCAAUGUAAAUGAAAAUCAAAAUAAUUCUUCGCAAGCUCUUCUGCAUAGUUUGUGCGAAUUGGACAGUGGACUUCUAAAAAGGAAACCGCUACGAUCAUACCCAAACAGAAAUCGAUGUUCAACUGGAACAUCAUCCAUCUCUGAUAAAACGAAUAUCUCAAACACCAUAGGAAUCCCAAUACAGAAUAUUAAUGUGUCUAGCAUUAAGACAAAUACCCCUUACAACAAGUCAGUCAGUCCUAUUGGACAGAAUGUGACACAAAUUCCUACGCAAGUACAUUCUUCUCUGGGCACGAUUCAUAGCAGACCUCAAGCUCGCACCUUAAUGUCAAAGACUCCUGCGAAGCUGCUGCAGCCUAAGAUGGAACAGACGAGACUAAAGCAGAUGCCGAAUCAGAGACAAGCGCAGAAUGAUCAAAGACUGCAAGGGAAUGCGCAGCGACUAGCACAGGGUUCAUUAAACAGUUCACAGCGGCAACAAACUCCACAGAGACAAGUGUUACCCUCAUCCCCAUUACAAUUUCAGAAAACAGUCUCCCCACAGAAGUCUCAAUACGAACAAUCAUCCUCACUAUCAACGUCUCAGAACAUGCACAGCACCAUGGAAGUUGACUCUCUAGAGACUUCAUCACUUCAAGAUACAAGUUUCUCGUCACAGACUGAUUCAGAAAACAGUUCAUCGGAAAGUAUCGCUUUUCUUCAAAAAGUUAUUCGCAAUCCAAUGGACACAAUAGUUCAACAUCAAAUUAAAGGAAAUACCGCGAAAAUGCUGGUUAUGUUUUCUAAUGGCGAGCAGAGAUUAAUUACGUUUGAUAUACCAAACGAGGAUUGCACCGUUCAGGAUUUAUUAGAACAGGCAAAUAUUACAUUCUGUGGAACGACAAAUGUUUCUUUGGUUUCUGAUCCAACAUUGGGUAUCAAUUAUAUUGUCGAAGCUGGAUCUAACACAUCACAUGAUGUACCCGAGCAUGACAGUUCACAGGAAAAUUUAAAUAAUUUAGACUCCCCGAGGUCACCCGAUGAGAAUAGUAAUCCUGUCCAACAAAACGAAGAGGCUAUAUUCGUCGAAGGAAUGUUAGCAGUCUGUUCCCACUGCGGUAUCAGUUCUCUUGAUUUCAAUCGGUGCCAGAGAUGCAAAAGAAAAUUAUCGAAGGAAGUAAAAUCCAUUCCGAUGACCAUGGGUGUACAAGAAAAAAAAGAAACAAUGAUUUCUGUUGACAGUUUUUAUAAGAAAAACAAUGAGCGGAACUCAUCUGCAAAGUUAGAGAAAUUAGAAAGGGAUGGUGCUGUUUAUAAGCGAGGAAGGGGAAGAGGGAAAGGUGUAACGAGAACCAGGCCUAUUCACAAAGAACCAGAAUGUUUAACAAUAUCGUCUGACGAAGAGGAGGAAGGUAAAAUGAAGAAAUUGGAGAGCUCUAAUAACAGUACAUGUUCGCAUGAUACAAGUAAUAAUUUUAGCGAAGAUCUGGACACGAUUCUGGAAAAGGAACCAGUAAUUACAAACAAUUCUAUUUCUAGCACAAGUUCUGAUUACGCCAUGGAGACUGAAAACAUAGUUAGAGAUAAUUGUUCUCAAGCUCUGCACACUAGUAUAGUGUGUCGAACAGUACGGAUAGGUUCUUACAAAUAUAUUCCUCGAGAGAAAGUAGUAAUCUCACAGAACGGAGUAAGAUUUGGUGUACCUUUAUUAGAAGAUGAUCAAAGCUUUGUAACAUUAGAAAUUAAAUUACAAAACAUAGUGAGAGUAUUAGUUCAUUUCGGGAAGUCGAUGCCAGUGCUUUUCUUUUACACAUCCAUUAACAGUGGAGCAAUGAUCCGUGAGUUGUUAGGGAUGCAGGAUCCGAAGGGACCGUACUACGAUCCGGCUGGAAAAGACCUCACGCAUAAAAGAAUAACUCUACUGCCAGAAAAAUGGUCUGAGGAAUCUAAAAUGGCAUUAAAGGAUUUGUUUUCGUACAGAAACCUGUUGGUUGAGUUGAACGCGAAAGAGGCGAAUGAUAUCCUUGUACGAGCCUCACCAAAAGACAUUCUGAAUUCAUCGAAGAAAGGAGAGCAGACAGGGACAGCUAAUUCGAAUGCCAAUGGAGGAAUACAAACGAUAACUGUAUAUCCCCCACCACCAGCGAAAGGUGGCAUAGCAAUUAACACUGAAGACUAUCUAUGCCUUGGAGAGGAUCAAUUUUUAAACGAUGUAAUCAUAGACUUCUAUUUGAAAUACUUAACAUUGGAAGUCUUGUCGGAGCCUGACCAACACAGAACCCAUGUAUUUAGUUCAUAUUUUUAUAAACGAUUAACAAGUCCCCACACUCAGGCGGUAGAAAGCAACGUACCUCUGUCUCCAGCUGCCAAGAGGCAUGCGAGGGUGCAAAAGUGGACAAAGAAUGUCAAUAUAUUUGAGAAGGAUUUUAUCAUAAUUCCUAUCAACGAACACGCUCACUGGUUUCUGGCCAUUAUUUGUUUCCCCGGAUUAGUGGGUGAAGUUCCUCCACAGAUUGUACGGAGCCAGGAGAAUGAUGUUCGCAAGACUGUACAUAAAAGUAAAAGGCUAAAGGAGGUUAAGCUCCAGACUGUUACGAUUGGUAGUACUACUCUUACACCAGUGACUACUACUAUUACUAUAGAUCAACCCGACGAUGGUUCGGAGAGAGAUGAAGCCGAAGGCGAUGACGAAGAGAUGGAGAUGGAUAGCGAAGAUGAUGAUGAAUCUGAAUCUACGGAGAACAAAAACGUACCAAAAGUGGAAGAGUAUGUGCCACUGGAAACUACGGUUAAAGUACCAUGCAUAUUGAUAUUUGAUUCCCUUGCGGGAGCAAGUAGAUCGCGUGUAGUAGCUACAUUAAGAGAUUAUUUGAGUUGCGAGUACGUUGCUAAAAUGGGAAGCGAAAAAGUAUUUUCAAAGGAUACUAUUAAAGGAGCCUCGUUGAAAGUUCCUCAGCAAUCAAAUUUUACUGAUUGCGGAUUGUACGUGUUGCAGUAUGUCGAGAGUUUCUUUCAAAAUCCCAUUAAAGAUUACACAUUGCCAAUAAAAACCCUGAAGAACUGGUUCGAAGAGAUAGUAGUGACGAGAAAACGUGAAGAAUUAUCGAAACUAUUAAUUAAGUUAAUGAAUUCAACCAAAGGAGAUAAAACUAUUAAUAUACCAGUGGUUAACUUUCCUACGCAAGACGGUAAAUUGAAAGCAAAGCCUGAAAAUCAAGUGGAUGCGAAAUCACUGAAAUCAGACACAGACGAUAAGAAAAAGCCUACGUUAGAGGGGGAGAAUCGUGUUAGUAAUAAUCUGCCAAAUCAAACGGAGAAUACCGAAGCAACAACUGAUAUAAUGAAUAAAACUAUGUACCAGAUCAUUCCUUAUCCUCCAUGUACAAGUUCCAGUUCGAUUGAAAACAAUUCACCGGAGAUGUUUAAUCAGUCUAAAACUCCUCAUCAGAGAUCGCCAAGUGAAACGAUGUCUUAUUUAAAAUCGAAACGAAUUCCCAGGUUAAUGUUAAGAACAGAGAAUCAAGAUGACCCCCAAGCGGCGAAAAAGCACAAAGGAGAGUCCUUUGAUUCUUGUAAAUAAAUGUUACUUUCUUUUUAUAAUGAUAAAGUUAGCCCACAUUCAUAAACAGACAUGGAAUCAUUUACCUAUGUAAUAAAUGUAGUUAACACUUCAUAAAACAAAUAAAAACAUUCAAUCAUAACUGUA